AUGGACGGUGCUUUACAGGCCAUUGUACACGCCUGUCUUAUACAGUCUGGAGAAAAUGCAGUGUACAUUCCAUUUUAUUUCGGUCGAGUUCAGAUAAUUACAAAAUGGAAGUCAUCUUUAAAACACUCAGCUGUAUCUUUUAGAUUUGAAAUUGAAGAAGAACGUUUUUUAGGACAGUUUACACUAAGCGGGCCAAACUUUUGUAUUACGGGAUUAGAUAUAGAGUUUCGAAAGCUGCGAGCCUGCUUCUUUGAAAAUAUACUUGCAAAUCCACAAAACAAUUUGCUUAACGGAAAUCAUGGUUCAAGAAUUAUCAGAGCAAAUUUUUUAAAGAGUGAUGUUGCGCAAUUUGAUGCACGAUUUUUUGGAAUGUCAAAAAGUGAAGCGGAGAAGACUGAUCCACAGCAAAGGCUUUUAUUAGAAUGUGUCCACGAGUGUCUGGAAAAUGCCGGUCUAAAGAGAUUCCAUAAUGUUGGUAUGUUCAUUGGCUAUAUGGGGACUGAAUAUCUAGAUAAUGCAGCUGAACAAGAAGACGCAAUUUUAAUGUUAGGCAAUAGUGCAUCCGCCGUUUCAGGUCGCUUAAACUAUUACUUUAAAAGCCGUGGCCCCGGAAUUACUGUAGAUACUGCAUGUAGUUCGUCGCUGGUUGCUCUAAACUUGGCCGUUAGCGCCCUAAGGCAAAAUGAAUGUUCUAUGGCAAUUGUUGCCGGGGUGAACCUAAUGCUGUCAGAGAGAGGUAUCGGUCAGCGUUCUAACGGCAAAAUGCUUUCGACAGAUGGGUACUGUAAGUCUUUUGACGUACAUGCGAAUGGUUACGGAAGAGCUGACGGAUGUGUUGUCAUACUAAUCGGACCCAUUCGCAAUAAUGAAACACGGCCUUGGCCUAAUGUUUUUAUUGAAACUUGUUCUGUAAAUCAUGGUGGUCAGAGCGCAUCGUUUACUGCACCAAGCAGUAAAGGUCAAGAACAAUUAAUAAAAAAAAUUUUGUUGCCUCAGAACGGUCACAUAACUUUCUGGGAAGCUCAUGGGACUGGAACAGUUCUCGGUGAUGCGGUUGAGCUCAGUGUACUAGAACGGAAUUUGUCAUCUUGUUGUCUAGGAACUGCUAAAACUAGUAUUGGACAUACAGAAGCAGCAGCUGGUGUACUAGGACUUUCAAAGAUUUUUUUGCAAAUGCAGCACAGUUACGUGCCUUUACACUCUCAUUUCUCCGCACCAGGACCUGCAACCUCCGGUUCGUUACGUUUUCCCAUUGUUGGUGAAGACUGGGACGGUUUGGUAGCGGGAAUUAGUUCUUUCGGUAUCACCGGUACUAAUGCCGUUGCUACUGUUAGAAAGCAAGACCGCUGUAGGGUCGGGAGACAUCAUUUCAUGUUACAUCCUUCCAUCUAUCCUCUGUCUGCUGAAACUCGUUGGUCUCUCUACAAAUGCAUUCAGGAAAACCUCAAAUUUGUAUACUGUAGCAGUCACAGUUCGAAACUAAUAUGCUCGUCAGCUGUUAACAGAAAUCUUUCUAUGAAGGAAAAAGCUGUUAUUCUUGUACAUAACCCAGUAAAGGUAGUUUAUGCAAAUGUUGAAUCUUCGGGUAUACAACUGAAUCUUCAGAUUGACAUCAAUUUACGCUGCUUAGCAGCUGUAAUUCAUUACUGUGCUACGUAUUUUAACAUCAGAAAAUAUUUCUUUAAAGCAGUUGCUUUGAUUGGCAGUUUGAUGGACAUAAAAGAACAAAAAAGUAGCAAAAAAAGCAUUAAAUAUUGUUAUAUUUUUGCAUUGCAGCUAGCGAUGCUUUUAUUUUUAGAAAAGUUAGGAGUUAAGAUUAGUCAAAUUAAUUUUUCGAAGACUUUUUCUGUUGUUCCGCUAGUCCUCUUUCUCAGGUACAAGUGGAAGCGUAAUGGUUCUAAUAAUUUAGUUCUGAAGGACAUAAACGCCGCCUUAUCACUUGAUUCAAGACUAGUUCAACAAAAAUUGAACGAAUUAUUGCUGAAGCUGACACAGGCAAAUGUUAGUCAUUCAGGCCUAAAGACAGUUCAUCUGACUUUUGCUAAAUUACUUCAAAAAGAUUGUGUUCGCAGGUUAGAAAACAAGUUAGCUUCGUAUUAUAUACACGGAGCAAAAGUAAACUGGAGGGCUAUCUACAGUGAACCGUCUGCGAGAGUUACAUUUCCUAAUUAUGUUUUUCAUAAGAAAACUUUCUGGUGUACAAAACCAAAUCGAAUCUAUGACAACGAAUUGAUUGGGAGUCCUAUAAGCAAAACAAAAGACAAAAUUAUAUUCAAGAAUUUUGUGUCACGGUUAAACUGCAGAUGGGUGUUUGAAUGUUAUUCUGCAGGUAAAUUUUGUAUUCCCUUCACUUUUUAUUUGAAUGCAGUUCUGGAGGCCUGUAAAUGGUUAUUAAAAAGAAAAGAUUUGGAGGUUACCAUUAAACUUUCUGAUUUUCACUACAGUGAAGUUCCUGUGAAAGAAGAUUUUUGGAUCCAAACGACAUUAAAAAAUUUGGGAGAAUUUCAUUAUGAAGUCAGAAUAGCGAGAAAUAAUCGGCAACUAGCUUCUUCAGGAAUAUCUUUUGCUACUAAAGCUUGCCAAAAAAACCUGACGCUGGAUGAUAACUGCUUAAGACCAUCGCCAAAUUUUUAUGCAAGUCUUUCACAAAGUGGUUUUCAAUAUUUUGAUCAUCUGAGGUGUAUAACUCAUCAAACGCCAUCGAAAGACUGCUAUAAAUUAACGGCAAGCUCAAAAUACAAGAAUUUAUGUUCGUUUGAAGCAGCGCUACAAGUGAUGCGUCAGAAAAUGAAUACUCAUAUUGAUUCUUCAGAUAAAACUCUUAAAGUUCAAGAAAUAAGCCUUACUAAAUGUUUCACAACUAUAACGUAUAUAGUAUCAAAGGGGCUAAGUGUCAGUAUAUAUGAUGCUGUUAAAGGUUAUUGCGGCAUCAUGAAGUUCACACUUAAAGCCGAAGCUGCAAAGGAACGCACAUUACCUGCACCGAUCACUAGUAGAACUACUCUAAUGACGCCAAAUAAAGAUUAUGCGAAGGGAAGGGCCGGGAAGCAGCUUUGGUGUAAACUGAAUAUUUUGGAUGCCUUAAAGUCCGCUAUAUCAGAUGUCUCACCGUUCAAAAUAGUUUUUGAUGAAGCAACAUUAUCGAUGUCACUCACUUCGCUCGGAUUUGAUUCAUUGACAAUUACUGACUUUGUAAAUCGGCUAAGGAAAAUUUAUCUUCCAAAGAUAAAAAUAAAUGUUGCUGAUGUUCUAGAGCACUCAAGCAUUUUAGAGCUUGCUCGUGCGAUAGAAUCCCGCAUGCACGCGAUGGAUAAAGAACUAAUAAUAACUCUUUGUAACGAACCGUGCCAUCAGAAAGCUGGAUAUGCACAUUUCAUAAAGUUUAAUUUUAAUGAAAAUUUCUCAGUGGAACAGUUGAUUAUUAUUUUGCUAAAUCUGGCAAAUUAUUUUAUUGAAAACAGGGUCUCGGUCACCUUUUUAGAAAGUUCUGCCAACAACAGAGCUAAUGCAUUCGCGAAGGGGUUUGCAAAAAGUUUUGCUGCCGAGUAUUAUCCGCAGAUAAGUUUUCGCUACGGAUUUCGUCUAGAAAAACUCGAUUCAUUGACAGAAAGUUCAGAACAUUGGUUGAUUACUGGUGGUUUAACUGGAAUAGGUUGGGAAAUGGCAAAAUGGUUGCUGAAGUGGCCUAAUGUAAAGCAUAUAACUCUGAUUGGUAGGAGGAGGAUUCGAAAAGAUUUGCUGCCGGAGCUGUAUUUACUGCGGAAAAAAGCUGAAAUCAAUAUCUUCCAAGCUGAUGUCAGCAGCAUAUUUGACAUGGAGCAACUCUUUAAAAAAAUGAAACCAAAACUAACAGGCGUUAUUCAUAGUGCAGGCAUAAAAGCUGAUGGGGUCCUCAAGACAUUGAAAAAGGAAAAUUUUGAAGAAGUCCUGAAGGCAAAAUAUUAUGGAAUCAUAUUACUAAUGAAAAUGAUUCAGAAAUACCAUCAUAAACCCAGAAAACUUAUUUUGAAUUCGUCAGUUGCAGCAGUCUUAGGCAAUCGUGGACAAUGCAGCUAUACAGCAGCAUGCUGCCUAACUAAUCAGGUUGUUAAGGAGUUAAAUUUUAAUGGUUUAUCAACAACCAUAAUAAACUGGGGUAACUGGUUAGAGACAGGAAUGGCGUUACCUGUGAAUCAAUAUUUAAGGCAUCUUGGUUUUGAGGGUUUAACUAAUAACGAAGCGGAACGAUGCUUUGACCGCAUUGUUCACUCAGACGUGACAAAUGUCACUGUGGCAAAUAUUGAUGUAAAAAAGUUACUUUUGAAACUUUUUUUUCAAGACUCACCUCAAAAACAUAACGUGAUUUUUAUGGCGAAAAGAGAGGAUUAUGGUGAUAAGGCUUUUGCCAACAAUAGCUUCAAAAAUAAUGCUUCUGUAGCGGACGAUCAGGAAGGAAAAGAACUCGCUACUAUUAAAAAAAAAAUUGCGCAAACAGUUGAGCAGCUGUGUCAUACAAAAAUUACCCCUUCUGAUUAUGACACAGGUUUCAUAGAACUGGGACUUGAUUCGUUAAAACUUUAUAUCUUUAUAAAUAAAUUACAAGGGGUUUUUAAACGUGCAAAAUUCAUUAACAUUUUAUUUGUAUUUGAAAAUCCCACCAUCAACCAAAUGGCAAAAUCGAUAAGUAGACUUUGUGACGCUUAUUUGACUCACAUAAAACCAACAGAAGUGAAUCAUUUCUAUGGGGAUACCAAGCGAGUACAUCUUGACAGAAAUUAUAAAAAUCAAAAAUUAUUUACCGACACAGAGCUUCAGACGAGACGGCCUCGGUACUUCGCCAUCACCGGCAGUAAUAAGCAGCAGCUGUUAAAGAAAAUUAAUAAUUUUAUAAAGUUAGAGAAGACACAUUUAAAGAAACCGGUAAUAUGCUUUAUUUUUCCAGGUCAAGGGUCGCAAGUUUGGAACAUGGGAAAACAAUUAUGCGAAGGAUUCGCUUUAUUCCGUUAUCAUUAUGUUAGGGCUUUAAAAAAUGCGCAAAAAUUCUUUACAGCAAAAUCGCCAAACUUCUGUGAAGCUCUCUUUGAAUGGGAUAAAAAAGAGAAUUUAUGCAAAACUGAUUAUGCCCAACCAAUUCUUUUCUGCUUCUGUUAUUCUCUAGCAAACUUACUGAGCUAUUUUGGCGUUAAAGCGAAAUACUUUUUAGGCCAGAGUGUCACCGAGCUUGUUGCUUAUACCUUGAAUGGAAUGAUAAGCUUGAGUAACGCGCUUGAGAUUGUUGUAGAACGCGGGAAAGCAUUGAGCUCUUCGUCAGGAAAAGGUGGCCUUUUAGUGACCAAUCGCAAAGCAGCAAAUUACCUUGUGAAGAAAGUUAAAGUUGAUGUUGCUUUAAACAAUAGUUCUAAGCAAGUAGUACUGGUUGGGACAAGAGAUCAGUUAAAGCAGUGUAUAAUGUACAACCGAAAAAAAAACUUUCCUUCAAUGAUUUUGGAUGAGUGUUAUCCAUUCCACUCUAAAUUACUCAAAUCUGGAGAUAACGUGGAAAAAUUUAAAAAAAUUUGCCAAAAAAUACCAUGGGUAAGGCCCAAAAGUCCGAAGGUUGUUUCUAAUGUUGAUGGAAAGUUAAUUACGAGAUUGAACACAGAAAAAAUUAUCCAGCAAAUGCUUGCGCCAGUUGAAUUUGAGAAGUGUUUAAGAACCCUGAAUACCGCGGGAGUGAACCUUUGGUUAGAAGUGGGACCCGAUAAAACAGUAAGCUCCAUAAUACAUCAAGAGUUUCCUAAUGCAACAGCUUUUUCAACGCUAUGUAACUCCGAUCUAGAAGUCCCUUCAUUUUUAAAGUGUCUUUCUAAACUGCAGAAUGCUGGCUGUAAUAUUAGAUGGAACAGAUUAUUUGAAGAACGCCUUCCUUCUGAGACAACUUUCUGCCUGAAUCAAGACUACACAAAAAAAAUAUUGUUAAAAAAUUUUCAAAUUUCUGAGCCAUUGUCAGAACUGAGUAACAUUAAAUUCACGAUUGAUAAACUUAAUAAAACUAUGGAACUGUCAAGAAAUGGGAUUAGAUACUGCUGCUGCAUUCCAGCAAAAAAAAUUAUAAAAUUUCGAGACCUCUCCGUGGUAAAUCACUCGUACAAAGUACUAAAUCAUAAUGACUUUUACGAAGGCCAGCGAAACUUUGGGUUGCAAUAUGGUCCGAAUCUGGCAGUUCUUAGAAAAAUCAGAAGAACCAGUACAAAAGUAAUCGCGGAAGUGGUAACUUCUCCAAACCCUGUGGUAAUAAUAGACGCAGCACUGCAAGCAUUGUCGGCAAUUCUUUUUGACAAAAAACGGGCUGCCGUUUAUUUUCCUACAAGCGUUGAUUACAUUAUUCUGAAUUUGGAGGCAGGUCUGCAGAGCAGCUAUAGUAGCCACAGUGCCAAAUUUAAAGUAUAUGGAAUGCUAACAGACCGAUUAUGUAAUGGUACUAUGUAUCCGAAAAAUGACGUGAUUUUGAGAAAUCCCCGAGACAUAUUAGACAAGAGCUGCUGCAUUGCACAGAAAGAGAUUCACAUUUUUGGCUGCUCCUGCAUACUGAGUUCUUCAUCAGAAGAUGGUAAGCUUUUCUGGAGUGAUAUGAAAACUUGUUUGAUCGACAGUGUUACCGAUCGUCUUCAGGAAGAUAAAACUCGUUACCUGAAAAAAGAUCUCAGAGAAAUGGAUUGUAAAUUUUUCAAUAUCAGUCCAGUAGAAGCAAAGUUCAUCGACCCUCAACAGCGUCUAACGCUUGAAGUUGCCUACCGUGUUAUGGAAGACGCUGGUUUGAAAAAAUUCGAUUCAAGUACAGGAGUCUUUAUUGGAGCAAGUUCAAAUGACUUUGCUCAGAAAUUGUACAGCGAUACGCACUUUUCGAACCAUUAUUUGGGAGCGGGUACAAAUAACAGUGCCAUUGCUGGAAGGAUUUCUUAUUUUUUUAACUUGCACGGUCCUUCAAUGGUCAUUGAUACUGCUUGUUCGUCGUUUGCCGUGGCUUUAUCUACUGCUUGUGAGUAUAUAAAAAGAGGUCAUUGCAAAAUGGCCCUUGUCGGUGCAGUCAAUGUAAUUCUUAACUCAAGGCCUUCCGAGGUAUUAAGGGAGUCCAACAUGCUAUCGCCAGACGGUCUCUGUAGAUCUUUUGAUGCAGAUGCGAAUGGAUACGUGCGAUCAGAAGGCAUCGGUAUGAUGUUAAUUGGAGAGUAUGAUUCUGAAUUGUUUGCACCAUACGCUUCCAUAGUCGCGUACAAAGCGAACCAUACUGGCAGGACUGGCGGAAUUACUGUGCCGAGUUGUCUUGUGGAGGAAGAAAUUAUGAAUUCAGUGCUGCGGAAGUGUGAUGGAGAAAAACUGUGUCAUGUUGAAAUGCAUGCAGCUGGUACUGCCUUGGGCGAUGCUAUUGAAAUGACGGCGACAAGUAAUGCUGUUUCUAAGCUGAAGAGGGUUGAUAAAGUUUGUUUCACAUCAACAAAAAGUAUUGUAGGGCACUGUGAAGCUGCAGCUGGCUUUGUGUCUCUACUCUGCGCUAUUAAUUGUCUAAAAAACGAAUAUAUUCCGGCAGUGCCGCACUAUAAAGUAAAGAAGAACUUUCAUUGUAAAGAAAACUUUGUAAUUCCUUGUGUCGGAGAGGAGAUUAAGAAGAACAGUUUUUCCAUGGUCAACGUGUACGGAUUUACAGGAGCGAGUACUUCGUUUCUCCUCAAUAGUGGAAAUUCGUCAAGUAACGUCAGCAGACAAAACAGGUUAUCUCUGCCUCCCUAUCUUAUUGUUUUCUCAGCAAAAACAAAAAAGUCUCUUAUCAAAAAUAAAACCAAUUUGGGCAAAUAUCUUCAACAAACAGAUUCUCAUCUGAAAGAUGUGUCGGCGAACCUCCAGUUAAAUAGACUGCAUUAUCAGUUUAGAACAGCUCUAAUCUAUAAAAAUCAUAGGCAAAGUUUGUCGCUUAGCUGUGGUAAGGAAGUAUUACCAAAGGUAAAUCUUGACCACGUCUUUAAAAAAGGAGUCAAUAUAAAAUGGCAAUUUUUAACAGAACGAAGCAGAAGCCGAAUUGAAUUACCCAACUACGAGUUUGAAUAUACUAAAUGUUGGCCAUUUGACGAUCACUGUAAAAAAAAUGACGACGAGAAACGUAGAAAUAACUUGACAUUCACUGAGGAACCAAGCAAAAUAAAAGGCUUUUUGGAUGGUUCAUUUUUAAAAGCUAUUUUGCUUUCAAGAUGUACAAACGUCGUCUUUAACUGGCAAACAAAUGGAACCGAUGACGGUGUGAUUCAGAACUGUCUUUCUGUAAUAAAACUGUGGCACAUCCUAAGUAAAUGUUGUUUCAAGCUUCAGCAAGAGGCCGGUUCGUUCUGGCAUACUUCAAACGGCUGUAUUGCUCUUUUGAGGUCGUUAGGCGCUGAAACCACUAAUGUUAUAUAUCGUUAUGUAGAAUGCAACAGCUGGAUAAAAAGUAUACCUGCUGAAAUAUCCUCUAAAGAAAGUGAAAACGAAUGUGUCAUCUAUAAGAGUGAUAAACGUUUUGUCGAAAGGAUAACUAAAACUCGCUCUCCAAACUUCAGUGAGGAUGCUUCUAUAACCUCAAGGACCAUUUUGUUUACUGGAGGUUUUAAAGGAAUUAACACAAAACUACUCCUAGAGCUAGCGCCUGAACAGGCAGUUUUCGUUACCACAAAAGGUAGCUGUGCGGACACUGUAAUUAUGGAAAAAGUUUUCCAGGAAUAUAGUCCGAUAAGCUUGGUUGUUCACUCCGCGGGAAAAGUUAAUAACAAACUAGCAGGCAAAAUGACAACAGAUGCUUUUGAGGAUGUAUUUACACCUAAAGUUGCAGGUAUACGGUGCUUACUAAAAAUGUGUAAAAAAUAUAAGGCUGGAGAGCUGGUAGCGUUGUCUUCCAUUGCGGCUGUUUUUGGCUCACCCGGUCAAGCCAAUUAUGCUGUGGCCAACUGUCUCAUGGAACAGAUAAUGGCUGAAAACAAAUUUGGAAAAUGUUUCACCUGCGGACCAUGGGAUGACGUAGGUCUGUUGUCAGGAGAACAUCGGAGUGGUAUUAGAAAACAAAUUUCUUCAGAAGGCUGGAUAUUCUUGGAUUCACAGUUAGUUGCAAGGUCUAUCGCAGCAUUACUCAAAGAACGCACUGGUUACUUUAUCUUUCGUGCUGACGUAAAAAGACUUGUCGAGUCCCAAAGACACCUGUCGCAUUUGCUUGAACACCUCGCAGAACCAGUUGUAAAGGUAAAUCUCAACUCUGACACUGGAGCUGAACCUUUGAAAAUUAAGUCAGUCAUUUUACAGAUAAUCAGAAAGCAUACCGAUAUUAAAGUUUUGGACGAAAAUAAGGGGUUAGCGAGCAUGGGCAUUGACUCGCUAAUGACGGGUAGAAUCAGGGAGCACUUGUCGUCGGUAAUCGGCAUGGAGCUUCCGGUAACGGCAUUUUACGAAAACUGCACCGUCAAAUCAUUGAAAAGCAGGACUUUAGAAUCUAUUAGUUCAAGACUACUACAUCUACCUCAGUUUUGGGAAAAUUUACUCGUUGGUACUUGUUAUUUGAUACCUAAUUCAGAGAUGUUUGAUUAUAAAUUUUGGAAUCUUACAAAAAAUGAUGGUAUUUUGAUAGAUCCGCAGAUUAGAAAAUUUGUAGAGCAUGCUUAUUUUACGCUAGAGAAAUCCGGUUUACUAUUUGACAAAGAAUGGAUGAAUAUUGGAGUUUUCGCUGGUGCUGAACCUUCGGAAUAUUUAUGUCCAAGCUUUGGAAACGACGACUUAUUAGAGAGAAUGUAUUCUAAAAAUCAAAAAGAUUUUGUUGCAGCUUGGACUUCAAAACUUUUAAAUUUAAGGGGGCCUUCCUUAAGUGUUUACUCUGCUUGUUCAACAGGACUUGUAGCGGUUGCAGAAGCCAUUUUGUAUUUACAAAGCCACAAAUGUGACGCUGCUAUAGCAGGAGCGGUAUCAUUAAUGUUUCCAGCAAGUAGGGAAGUAGCACACAGGCGGAACGGGGUCUUCUCAGAAGAUAAGAUCUGUAGGCCAUUUGAUGUCGAAGCAAAUGGAACAAUAAGAGGGUCAAUGCUCGGUGUUGUUCUACUGAUGAGAGUAAAAGAUGCUGUUAAGCAAAGAAGACCUGUUGUAGGCAUCUUGCGUGAAGUUUCAGUCAAUAAUGAUGGGGCAGAAAAAUCGAGCUUUAUGGCUCCAAACGUUAAAGGUCAGCAGCGCUGUAUUGAACAUGCAGUAAAGCUAUCCGGUGUACCAGAAGUUGAAUUCAUUGAAUGCCACGGAACUGCAACAAAAAUUGGCGACUUAGUAGAGCUGGAAGCUCUGAGUCGAGGUUAUCAUGGAAAGUCAACUCUUGGAUCUGUGAAAGCUAAUAUUGGGCACGGUUUCGCUGCUGGAGGAAUGGCAGGAUUAAUAAAACUUUGUAAGGUAUCUGAGAGUCGAAUCAUUCCAAAACAAAUCCAUCUAAAAAAAUGCAUCGGCUCUAACUUUAAUCUUGCCAUCAGUUCCUUUGGUGUUGGAGGCACAAAUGCACACUUAAUUAUGGAGAGCGUUAACGAGUCCACGAAAUACUAUGUGUUGCCAGUUUCUGCAGCAGCAAAGGAGUCAUGUCGAGAGUACUGUCAACAGCUAGCAGAAUAUCUGAAUUCCAAAUGUUUAUUGUUUGGCGUAGCGUCAACUCUUCAGAAUUAUCGCCCAAACUACAGGUAUCGAACGUAUAUCGUUGCUCAAUCGGUUAAGGAGGCUCAGAAAAAGCUAAAAAUGGCUGACAUUUAUAAUGCAGAAAAGCUUACUAGAAAAAAUGUUGCUUUCUUCUUCGCACCUCAAGGAGUCCAGUAUGCUGGAAUGGGGUUUUCGUUUUUCAAAUACGGAAAAGUUUUUCGUAAAAGAAUUAAAAAGUAUAAUGGAAUGGUAAGACAAUUACUAGGUUUAGACCUGUUAGAAAUUCUAUUCUGCGAAUCAAAAGGGCUCAUCAUGAACGAACAAUAUAUUCAAGUUGCACUAUUUUGCUUGUGCCACGCUAUUGUCAAAGAACUUGAGUACCGUGGUGUUACCCCUUCCGUAUUGAUAGGCCACAGUCUUGGCGAAUACGUUGCAGCUGCCUGUGCUAAUGUAUUCUCCGUUGAAGACGGAAUCAGACUGUUACUUGAGAGAGGAAGACUUUGUACCGAAACGAAAUCAGCGAGUAUGAUUGCAAUCAAAGGAUAUUAUGAGGAACUUCCAGACGAAGUCCAAAUCUGUGCUGUUUUGAAUGAUCAACUGAAAUGUGUUGUUGGGGCUGAAGCAGAUAUUAAGGCUUUCUGUAACGUUCUGCAGCAGAAAAACAUUGAUUUCGUAAAAAUGAAAACUGAACGCGGCUUCCACAGUUCUUAUAUGGACCAGAUAUUGGGUCACUUCAACAAGUUCUUGCGUGAUUUCUCAUUUCAGAAGCCUGAACUGCCAAUUCUUUCAAAUGUCGAUGGAAAAAUCAUUCAGAAUUUUAAUGCAGACUAUCUGCUACAGCAUAUUAGAAGCCCAGUUCGUCUUGACAAAUGCUUAGACAGUUUGCCAGCCUCUAUUAAAGUGAUAGUAGAAAUUGGACCUGCGGGAAUUUUGAAGGCUUUGAUACAACAAAAAAAAUCCUUCGUAAAAGUUGUUCAAACAGUACCGUCAGAGAAGAAUAGUAACACUGAUACGCACUUAUAUUUGAACGCUUUAGGGGAACUUUGGUGCUAUGGGUUACCUGUUAGUUGGAAAGGCUUUUUUGUAGAGCGACCGCCAAACGUUCGAUUACCAGGUUACUGUUUCCAGCAAAAUCACUUGAUUUCUGUGCCAAAAGAAGCAGAAACUGAAGAACUUGGGUAUUGUUUAUUCGAACCAUGUUGGAAAGAUAUAAAAAUGUCACUGACUAGAAAGCUCUUUGGUAAAACGAUAGUUUUUCUUCCGUAUCGGAUGAACAAGGCCUUGUCUAAUUUAAUGAGAGAUCUGCACAAUUUCUUCGUCGACUACUUAUGCAUAUAUCCAUCAGAUAACAGUGAUACUCCUUUGAAAUACACACCCGUUGGUGUUCAGAUUAAUCCUCUUCAUGAAAAUGCUUAUGAAGAGUUACGGCGGCUUCUCAAAGAAAUUGGAUUUAAUUUUACUUUAAUUAUACAGGCCUGGAAUUUUGCAAAUGACGAUUUAAAAGAUGGGCAUAGCUAUAAUAAGAUUCUCCUUUGCAGCUUUUACUCCUUACACUGGAUAAAAAAACAUUUAAUUAACACAGGUAACUGUGAAAAUUUAACACUGUUGACCCUUCUAGACAGUGAGGGGCCUGUGGAAUGUUCUACUGCACUUGGACCAAUCCAAGAGCUUCAAAAUCUUUAUCUGUCAAUGAAGGCUUUUUGCAUAACCACAUCGAGAGAUUCAAAUUUGUUCAGAAUUGUGCAAGACUGUUAUUACUCUAACAAGGAUUACACAAUGUCUCAAAUGCGACAGCAGCAGCGUGGAUAUCAGGUAGCAGCGUACAAAGAAAACCUCUACUCUUGCAAAGAAAAUUUGGUGAAAGAUAAUGACACUAUUCUUGUCUUUGGAAGUGGAGCUCUUGCAACUGCAUUUGCAGAUGUCAUUCUUAAUAAAUUUAAAAAUUUGACCCUCAUAUUUGCCAGCCGAAAUGCCGAAAGGCGUUAUAAAACUUCGGAAAUGAAAAGCUGUAUGAAUCGCUGGGAGAAUACGGAGAACAACAGGAUUUUAUUCCGUGACAUCAAUUUAAACAACGCAGAAGAUGUUGCAUCGCUUAUCGCCGAAAUAAACAAAGAUUACGGGCUGCAUGUGGUAAUUCACGCAGCAGGUCUAGCAACCACUCAAAGUAUUGAAAAAGCCGCAAAGGAAACUGAAUCAGUUAUAAAUAUUAAAGUUAAAGGUACUUUGAACAUCAUAAAUGCACUAGUAGAGAGCGACAUUAUUCUAAACAGUUUAAUAUUGACGUCCAGCUUAAGUUCUACUUUAGGUAUAUAUGGUAAUGACGAUUAUGCAGCUGGCAACAUUUUUCUUGACACCUUUGCCAGUCGAUCAUAUCCAAAUGUUAAAAAUUGUAUAAGUGUCCAGUGGCCUGCCUGGGAGGAAAAAGGCAUGUUGGCAAAUUCCAUUGAACUACUUCCAGUAUUUAUGAAAAAAAUUCUAUUAGAGUAUACAUUGUCUGAAAAUAAUGGAAAAAUAUUAUUCGAAAGAGUACUAAAAGUGAAAAACAGUGUUGCUAUCUGCCCCGUUAACCCGAUAAUUUUGGCUGCAAAUAUCGGUAAAUUGCAGGCUGAAGAAAGGAGAAAGCCAGUCGGUGAUUCUAGUGAAGAUAAACUGCUGACCAAAAGUAACAUUCUAGAGCAGACUAUCGCUGCGAUAUGGAAGCAGUGUCUUUCCGUAGAAAAAGUCAAGCCCUCAAACAACUUUUUUGAACUAGGCGGAAAUUCGCUCAAUGGACUGCAGAUUAUUUGGGAAAUUGAAAAACACACCGGCCUCCGGUGUACGUACAAAGAUCUUUACACAAAUCCAACAUUUGAAAGUUUUGUUAAAAAACUGGCUUCUUUUACUCCCAGCGAUUACAAAAAGACGAUACCAAAAACGGAUAAGCUUGCCAUUCUGCCACUUAGUUUCGCACAAGAAAACAUGUAUUUGUUACGCCAAGUUUGUUCGCCAUGCCAGUAUAACAUCAUUUUUUCCAUAAGGUUUCAUGGGAGCAUCUGUAGGAGAAGCUUACGACUCGCUUUACAGAGGCUCAUUGCGCGCCAAAUCUCUUUGAGAGAGGUUUUCUUGUCUAAUGGUACAGAAGUUCAUCAAGAAGCUCGUUCAUUGACUGAAGCGUAUCAAAAUCUUGAUUUUCGGAAAACUAACCUGAUAGUUGUAGAAAAAAACUUAGAAUUUGAUUUGGCUAAAAUACCUGUGAAACUAUUUGCUUUCAAUGAAAUUGACAGUGCAGGCGGAGACCUUUAUACCUUGCUUGUGUCACAUCAUCAUAUUGUUUCGGACGGGUGGUCCGUAAAGGUGUUUGCUAAAGAGUUAUCCGAACUCUACAAGCACUACCAAAACGGUACUGGAACGUAUGCAACCAAACCACUGAAAACAUCCGUCGUAGAUUUUCAAUUUAUUUUUAAGCAGCAUCGAUUUUCUUUGCCGCCGAUUCUAAUUAAGGCAGUCAAUGACCUUUCAAUUAGGAGGAACGUUACGCAGUAUGUAGUAUUACUCUCGGCAUUCAUUUGUUUGGUUCGUCAGUUUUCUGAUAACUAUACAUCUGAUACAAUCACCAUCGGUAGUGCUGUUUCAGGACGGUCAACUUCAGAAGUUGACUCAAUCAUAGGGUACUUCUUGAACAAUGUCAUUGUAAUGGUGAAAAACGUCACAACCAGUUCAAGCGUUACAGAAGUCAUCAGCGAGGUGGGAGAGGCUGUGGAAUUUAGUCGGAAGUUUGAAAUGGUGCCGUACCAUAUGAUAGUUGGAGAAAUAAAGCAAGAAAGAUUGUCUGAUAACCCGUUAUUCGACAUUUAUUUUAACUUUCGCAGUCAGAUCGAUUAUCCAGUAAUCAAUAUUGGCGGUGUUAAGUCAGUAGUAGAACACCUAACAUCAAACACAGCAUUCAACUUUUCAUGUACUAUAGACGAAAUUGAUGGGGAAAUUCAAGUAACUUUAGACUACAACUCUUCAAUGUAUCCGGAAGAAAUGAUAAAUGAAAUGUUACCGCAGAUCCCGAAUAAAAACACAAUUAUUAAUUGUAUUAAAAAAACUGCGCUGAUGGCUUCAAAUAUGAGUGCUGUAGCCAGCAAGGAUGCAACAAUAACAUAUGGAGAACUGAUGGAAAAAGCUGAUAAUCUCUCGCGACUGAUACAACAGAAAUAUGUAGUAACAAGAUGCGAACUUAUUCGCAGUGACGAUAUAAUUCCUCUUCAUAUGCCGUCGAAAGAUUCAAUCAUUGCCAUUACUGCUGUCCACCUAGCUGGGCUCGCUUAUCUUCCUGUGUACGAGCAUUCGAGUGCAGAAGUGCUACCCAGGGUACUCAGAGACUCAAGGGUUACAAACUGUAAUAUAAGACAAAGAAGCAGCCCUGAAGCUUUAGCUUACGUUAUCUACACAAGCGGAUCCACGGGAGCGCCAAAAGGUGUCUGCAUCUCAUAUUCAAGCCUUUCAAAUUUUGUUACCUGUGCAACGCCACAGAUGUUACUUUCACCAAAGCUUAACAUUUAUCACUGUGUCAGCACUGCUUUUGACGUAAGUUGUGCAAACAUUUUUGUUUCACUUGCAAACGGUUCUAACAUAGUCUGCUGCCAAAAUCCACUAUCUGCGACAACAGAGAUUUUAGAUAACAAAGUAAAUUUUGCCUAUCUUCCAUCAGCACUUUUUGACUGUUUCGACCACAGUGAGUUGCGUAAACUUUCUAUCUUAGACAGAUUAUUCGUCGGCGGAGAGUCACCAGCGGACCAUCAGUUAGACAAAUGCUUAGAGUUAGGUAUCCAAGUUCGUCAGAUAUACGGUCCUACUGAAGCAACUAUUUGGACGACAACAAACAAAUGCGUACUGCACGAGGAAUGUGGUGGUAGGGUCAUAGGGAGAAGCAAAGAGGACUGUGUUUUAGGACGGAAAAUAAAAUUGUACCAUACUGGUGAUUUAGUCACUCAAAGACGCUGUAAAUACAUAUACCAGUGCCGUCUCGAUUCGCAGGUGAAAAUCCGGGGAUUUCGAAUCGACAUUAGUGAAGUUGAAAGAGCACUCUACAGUUUUGGUCCUGCGGUAAAGCAUGUGGUAGUUUUGAAGCAGGAAGCCACAAAUAAUUUGAUUGCUUUUGUAAAAACUGCAGUUGAGAAGAAACAACUCUUCAAUCACUUGUUAAAAAUGAUACCCAGCUAUAUGAUUCCCCAAACGAUCGUUCUAGUAGACCAAAUACCUUAUAAUUCAUCCGGUAAAGUAAACAAAAAUAAACUAAUAAAGCAGUAUCUUGACACAUAUUUACAAAGUGGAGAAAAGAAAAAACAGAAACCAACAAACAACUUCUUUUCUCUUGGAGGAAAUUCGCUAAUGGUCAUACACUUGCAAAGCAAAAUCCGAGAAGUUUUCAACACCGAAGUCAGCGUAAUGAACAUCUACCGGCACCCGACACUCGAAAAACAGUGCAACUUAGUCGAAGCGUCAAGUACGAAGAAAAAGGCUGCUGAAAGAAUUGUACCUUUGCGAAACUCAAAAAAGGGUUCAAGGAAUUUGUACGUCAUACACGCAGUAGGCGGCUCUAUCUAUCCUUACUACGGUAUUUUAGCUUCUAUUCCAGAUUUAAUUAACGUGUAUGCGAUCGAAUUCCACUGUGAUCUGCCAGCAAAAACGUUGAUGGAGUUAGCAGAAUAUUAUGCUGAAAUGGUAAGGAAGCACUGUGUUCAUAAACCUUUUGAUUUAAUGGGUCAUUCGCUUGGUGGGAUAUUGGCAUGGGAAAUGUUUCCGCUGUUGAAACAGUAUUCAAUAUGUACUCCAAAAGUUGUGAUGAUUGAUUCUUGGUCUAUGGGCAAUGAAAACUUAGAAAAAGCCGAAGUCAUUAAAUAUAUACAGGCGAGUUGA